GAAGACCUACCUUUCAGCGUUUGAACAUUUGGUUUCUAUCUGGUGAAAUGUCAGCUACAGAGGCUAAGCAGUACAAAAUGGACAGUAAUCCAUCUGGAUUAUGUUUAAUUAUUAAUAAUGAGAAUUUCAGGAGAGGAAAGAAACGAGAAGGAUCCCAAAAAGAUGUUGAUUCUCUGAAAUGUGUGUUUGAAAUGUUGGGCUUUAAGGUUGGAAUCUAUAAAGACCAGACCACAUCUGAAAUAAAAUCGCUUAUGAACAGAUGCAGUAAGGUACUUCACGAAGACUGCUUUGUCUGCUGCGUGUUGAGUCAUGGAAAUGAGCAUGGUAUCCUGGGACAUGAAGGCGGAAUAUGUCCCCUGAAUGACAUCACCUCCCCAUUUGAUGGAGUCAACUGCCCCACUCUUAUUGGCAAACCUAAAGUGUUCCUUAUCCAGGCAUGUAGAGGGCCUAAAAUACAGAGUAAAGUACGUGUUGCUGAAGAUGUUUUAGGUGGCCAACCUGGUGAGAAAUCUGAAAAUGUAUUUUACACCAUUAGCCAGUCUUCUGAUUUUCUGAUUGCCCUGUCCACUGUGGAGGAAUAUUUGUCAAUCCGUGAUGAAAUCAAAGGAUCAUGGUUUAUACAGUGUCUUUGCAAAUAUUUAAAGGAGGGAAGCGAAAGGGGCCUUGACAUCUUGAAGAUCCUCACUGAGGUCAAUGAUGAUGUCAGCAGGAUGGAGGUGGAAGGAAAGAAUUACAAGAUGACCCCUGCGAUCUAUUUCACCUUGAGGAAAACGCUUACUUUCAGAGUUGUUAAUAAACCCAGCUCAUCUCAAAUGCAGAGGUCUGCUUCUGCAAGUUGCAACAAAUAACUCCACAGUGAAAAGAGUAAAUCUUCUCUGCCGCUCACCUUUCUGAGAUGAUCAACAGCACAAAGAGAGAAUUUUGGUUCACCCCUGGUUUGCUUGAUGCAUUUAGCAUUUGUUUUAUGGUGUUUUCUGAUCAAUCAAGUUAAGAGUACAAUUUUUGUCCCCAUUUUAAGCUUACUUUUUGUUUCAUGUGAUCAAAUUUUUCUAUAUCAACCUGGCU